UUCAAAUAUGUCGGAUAAAAUCAAAGUGGCUGUGCGGGUUCGUCCGUUUAAUCGGCGAGAACUUGAACUCGCCACAGAAAACGUCAUUGAAAUGGAUGGCUAUCAAACGAUUUUGAAAUAUCCUGCCAGCUUAGAUAAGAUGGAAAGGAAACCACCGAAGAUAUUCGCUUUCGAUCACUGUUUCUAUUCGACCGAUGCAAAUGCAAACAACUUUGCGUCACAGGAGCUGGUCUUCAACAACAUCGGUCGCGACAUUCUGGAAAAUGCAUUUCAGGGCUAUAAUGCUUGCAUCUUUGCGUACGGUCAGACUGGAUCGGGCAAGUCGUACACGAUGAUGGGUAACCAAGAAAGCAAAGGCAUCAUACCGCGCCUGUGCGACGAGUUGUUUGCAUCCAUCGCUGCCAAACAGACGGACGAGCUAAACUAUAAGGUAGAAGUGUCAUACAUGGAGAUCUACAAUGAAAAGGUGCACGACCUGCUCGAUCCGAAGACAGCUAAACAGUCGCUAAAGGUGCGUGAGCAUAACGUGCUUGGUCCGUAUGUCGAUGGAUUAUCCCAGCUGGCAGUCACAUCAUUUCUGGAUAUUGAUAACCUGAUGGCAGAAGGAAACAAAUCGCGUACGGUCGCCGCAACGAAUAUGAAUUCAGAAUCGUCCCGCUCGCACGCAGUCUUCACAGUCGUGCUGACACAGACACUAAUCGACACACUAUCCGGGGUCACGGGAGAAAAGGUAUCACGUGUUUCGCUGGUCGAUUUGGCCGGUAGUGAGCGUGCAGUGAAAACCGGUGCCGUUGGAGACCGGCUCAAAGAGGGCUCAAAUAUCAACAAAAGCCUUACCACACUCGGCUUGGUGAUAUCGAAACUGGCUGAUAGUACAGGAGGUGGCAAGAACAAAGAUAAGUUUGUGCCGUACCGUGACUCAGUGUUGACGUGGCUACUAAAGGACAAUCUUGGUGGUAACUCGAAGACGGUAAUGUUGGCAACAUUGUCACCAGCAGCAGAUAACUACGAGGAGACGCUGUCUACGCUUAGGUAUGCCGAUCGGGCUAAACGAAUUGUUAAUCAUGCAGUUGUGAAUGAAGACCCGAAUGCACGUAUCAUCCGUGAAUUGCGCAAGGAAGUCGAAACGCUGCGUGAAAUGUUAAAGCAUGCGACUGGUAACAACUUUGGUGACAUGAAGCGCGUCGACAUCCACGAUAAACUUGCGGAAAGCGAGAACCUGAUGAAGCAGAUCUCUCAAACGUGGGAAGAAAAGUUGGAGAAGACCGAACAAAUCCAAAGCGAACGUCAGCAGGCGCUGGAGAAGAUGGGUAUCAGUGUGCAGGACAGUGGUAUCAAGGUGGAAAAGAAUAAAUACUAUCUAGUCAACCUGAAUGCAGAUCCGUCACUGAAUGAGCUCCUGGUGUAUUACUUGAAGGAGGAAACACUGAUCGGUGGUCGAAGCAGUAGCGGUAGUAAACAGCCCGACAUUCAGCUACUUGGUCUCGGCAUUCAGCCAGAACACUGUCUUAUUACAAUCGAGGAUGGUGAGCUGUAUAUGGAACCCAUCGAGAAUGCUCGUUGCUGCGUGAAUGGCUCUGUCAUGAAUGGAAAGACAGCGCUUCAUCAUGGUGAUCGUAUCCUGUGGGGAAAUCAUCACUUUUUUCGCGUAAAUUGUCCGAAAUCAGCUGCCAACAAUGCGACUUUAGGAACUUCGGAACCACAGACACCGGCGCAGCAUCUUGAUUAUUAUUACGCACAGGAAGAGUUGAUGCAAAAUGAGUUAAGCAACAACCCGAUUCAGGCGGCCAUCUCGCGAUUAGAGAAGCAACACGAAGAAGAUAAGCAGGUGGCACUCGAAAAGCAACGGCAAGAGUAUGAGAAGCAAUUUCAGCAGUUGCGAAACAUCCUGUCACCGACAACACCGUAUGCACCGUAUGCUCCGUACGAUCCAUUCCGGCUGGGAAAACUCCCUCCAAACACACCGACGGGCCAACUACGCGUUGAAAAGUGGGCACAGGAGAGGGACGAGAUGUUUAAACGAUCUCUCGGUCAGCUCAAGACAGACAUCGUACGAGCAAAUGCACUCGUACAGGAAGCAAACGUGCUGGCAGAAGAGAUGGACAAGCAAACAAAAUUCAGUGUGACGCUGCAGAUACCUCCGGCCAAUCUCAGUCCGAAUAGAAAGCGAGGCGCCUUCGUAAGCGAGCCUGCCAUCUUGGUGCGACGCAUGAACUCAGGCAGUCAGAUAUGGAGUAUGGAAAAACUGGAGAACAAGCUCAUAGAUAUGCGCGACAUGUACCAAGACUACAAGGAGCGUCAUCUGGCAGCUAUGGAAGAGGCCAAAGCUAAGUCGGAUCCGUUUUACGAGUCACAAGAAAAUCAUAACCUGAUCGGUGUAGCAAACAUCUUUCUGGAGGUAUUGUUUCACGAUGUGAAGUUGGAGUAUCACACACCGAUUAUUAGUCAGCAAGGUGAAGUGGCUGGGCGGUUACAGGUGGAGAUUAGCCGUGUGGCUGGUACCUUCCCACAAGAUCGUAUGUGUGAGUCAGCAUCUGAGAGUUCCGCAGACAGUCAUGAGGACGAUGAGGACUCGCCCGAUGCGCUCUCACCACCGCUGCCCACCAAUAGCAAUCAGAUCAGCUGUAGAAUUAGCAUCAAGCAAGCGUCCGGACUGCCGCUCUACCUGUCCAAUUUUGUGUUCUGUCAGUAUUCUUUCUGGAAUCACGAGGUAGCGGUGGUGCCGGCGACCAAUCAAGAAGUCGCUGGUCACAACCAAAACAUAACUUUCAAGUUUGACCACGAAGCGGACUACGUGGUGACGAUGAACGAAGAGUUCAUGGAACAUUGCACGGAUGGUGCCCUUUCAAUUGAGGUGUGGGGCCAUCGAUCUGUGGGAUUCUCACGCAUGAAAGAUUGGGAGGUAGAACAACAACAGGCAAAGGCACGUUCCCUGGCUGAUCGUUGGGCAGAGUUAUCACGCAAGAUCGAACUGUGGGUUGAGAUCCAUGAGCUGAACGAUAAUGGUGAUUGGGCUCCUGUCGAGGUUCAAUGCGCACGCGACAUGCUAACAGGUGGAGUGUACCAACUACGCCAAGGGUUCCAACGUCGCGUUAUGGUGCGAGUAAAGCCAGUGCAAAACUCUGGCACUUUACCUAUCAUCUGUCAAUCGAUCAUCAAUGUAUCCAUGGGAUGUGUAACUGUUCGCUCCAAACUGCAGAAACCUAUGGACUCGUAUCAAGAAGAAGAUCUGACGGUACUGCGGGACAAAUGGAGUGAAGCACUUGGACGCCGACGGCAAUACCUUGAUCAACAAAUACAGCGAUUGAUUAACAAAGAUGAUAAGACAGAACAAGAAAAGGAACGCGAGCAGAGUUUGGUGAACCAAUGGGUUUCACUAACGGAGGAGCGUAAUGCGGUUUUAGUGCCGGCACCUGGUUCCGGUAUUCCUGGUGCACCCGCCUCUUGGGAUCCACCACUCGGCAUGGAACCGCAUGUUCCUGUUCUGUUUCUUGAUCUCAAUGCUGACGAUCUGUCGACGCAGGGUCUGUCGAACGAUGAGGUCCCGAUGGCUGGUUUGAAUUCGAUUUUGCCAAAAGAGCAUGGCAAUAAGUUCUACAAUUUGCAGAUAAUCCAGCACUUGGAUAAAGAUAUUUGCGCAAUUUGUAGUUGGGAUUCUUCCAUUCAUGACUGUGCGUCCCUUAACCGUAUCACAGAAGCAAAUGAGCGCGUUUACCUGAUUCUGAAAACGACCGUGCGACUUUCACAUCCGGCUCCAAUGGAUUUGGUACUUCGCAAGCGGCUAGCACUAAACAUUUACAAGCGGCAGAGCUUUACGGAUCGGUUAAAGAAACUACGCAUAGGCCGCGCAGAGUCGCUGUCCUUACAAUCAGGCGUUACAUACGAAGUUGUUUCGAACAUUCCAAAGGCCUCGGAAGAGCUAGAGGAUCGCGAGUCGUUGGCACAAAUAGCCGCCACCGGUGAUGAUUGUUCGGCAAGUGAUGGCGAAACAUAUAUCGAAAAAUAUACCAAAGGAGUAUCAGCUGUGGAGAGUAUUUUGACGCUGGAUCGUCUAAGGCAGAGUGUGGCCGUAAAAGAGCUGGAACAGGUGCGCGGACCGGCACUUUCUAUGCGCAAGACGGCCAGCGUGCCAAAUUUCUCCCAGGCGGUUAGAGAUGCCAGGGAGCUAAGUACGAGUCUCACCACCUCGAGGACAAUGAGAUUCUUCGAUGCUUCGUUCGAGUCGUUGUUGAACAUUGGACGAUCAGAAUCGUAUGCUGAUUUGAAAAUGGGUCUUAACAAUGCACAAAGCACGCGUGAGACAGCCAACAACAGACAAAAGAUGAAAAACAACAAUGGUGAAGAAUCGUCCUGUUCGGGUUACGGUGCAGCUCGCCCCACAUUCCUCAAUCUCAAUAUCAAUCUGAAUUCCUUGCGACUUCAACCAACUAAACCAUCGCCAGCCGCAAGCAAGUUAGCCCAAAGGAUGACGACGUUGCACGAAGAACCGUUGAUCAAACAGAUAUGCUACGAGGAAGAAGGAGAGGAUCGGUUUAGUGAACCGGAGUAUGCUGAUUACAACGAUUUCUACGAUCAGCCAAUGGGCAACAAGCCGUCACUAUCGAAGAUGAAAUCAUCCUACACAGUCGAAUCGUUUAUUGAUAUCGAUAAGCGUAGCCAGUCGACCGCUGGUGAAGGGAUGAAUUCGAUCGGAGUGACUGGUGGAAAAUUCGCUGGUAAGACGAAGGUGGAAUCGGCGUCCAUGGGUGGAAUCUCAUCGGCGCCGGUAUCGGGCGGUAGUGCUGGUGGCCAUGGGUCAAAAUAUCAAACAAUGACGCCUAGUAUGAGUUCAUCAACUUCGAGCGGCUACGGUUCUCAAGCCGUCUCGUGCACUAACCUCACCAACGAUGACACAUACUCCAUCCGGUCACUAAGCGCCGGAGAAACACCAGAUACAAUGUCGCCGUCCAAAAUGCAGGAUCAAAUUUUCUGCUCUGCUAGCACCAAUGCCAAAUACGAGGAGGCAUCUCUGACCUCUCUUACGACCUCAACCUCCGCUUCAGAGAACACACUUAUAGCGGCGAGCAUGGACAACUAUAACAGCAAUCCAUCGACACGACCACUUAGCGAUAUGCCUAAGCGCGUUAAUCCCUUCCUUAAGGAUGCCAUUUUGGAAGUGAUUGACGGUAGCAAAUCGGUCGAAUCUGUCGAUCAUGUGAAACAGCAUAUACAUCAACAUAAUGAAGAAGAUGAAGGAAUUUGCGCAGAGCAAACUCAAUCUGCACAUUCAACGGCUAUGAGUGAAUCGACACAAAUGGUUGACGAAAGUGAUCAAUGCUCAACGAACACCAAAUUCUCCUCAGAUGUUAUGGAAAGCAAUUUCUCCUCGACGCCUGGAAAGCAGGAAAUAUUUCCCGAAUGGGUAUCGGUUGGCGAGUCCGUGUUAAUAAGACCCUAUAAUACCAGCGGUUUAAUAGCUUUCAUCGGUGCCACUCACUUCCAGGGAGGAACUUGGAUCGGAGUAGAGUUGGACACGCCGACUGGCAAAAACGACGGUACCGUGCAAGGGAUCCAAUAUUUUGAAUGCCGUCCAAAGCACGGAAUUUUUGUGCGUGUUGACAAAUUGAUUCUCGACAAGCGUGGCCGUGCAAUACGUGAACUGAAAAAAGCGGAGAAGAUGAAAGCUGACCUAGCUAGUGGCAAAGGUGGACAGAGGCCAUUGACGGGUGGUGCUGGAAUGGCAACUAAUGGCCCACGCAAAUGAUACGCGUUUAAUCGUGGCCUCAGCAGCGCACAGUGUUUAUCGAGGCCUUUUGCGGGCCGAAAACGAUUUGUCCCCAAGUCUGCAUCCGUUGCAACCUUUAGCCGCGGUAAGUAAAGGAGACAUCUCGAUAGUCCAUGCAUAGCAUACCGAACGAAUGACAUGAAAAGCAAACUGCGAUGACAGAGUCAGUACUGAAAUUUCUGCAAUCUUCAUAUGCAUGGCCUAGCUCGAAAGACAAGAGUACGUGAAACCUUAAGAAACGAGAGACUUCAGAGAAAAGGCCGAUGAUUGAAAGUGUUGUUUUUUUUUUAAAGUCCGAUGCUACAAAAUCCAUCCCUUCUAUCAGGAAGCUUGCUUCAAAUUUUGAAGGUAUGCUUUUUUCCUAUAUAUUGACGUAAACUAGAAGCUCGCUUUGCUAGAGAAGCGACAGGAGAAGCAAUGACCGAUAGAGGAACUUUAGGCAAACGCAUAAAUAGCUCAGCAGCUAAUGCUCUACAGCACCUCUAGAUAGUGAAUGAUAUAUUCUCAUCAUCCCAAAUUGAUGACGGUACAAGAAAAGUGUGGCUUGUAAUACAUGAUGCUAUCUUUGUCAUCCUGACUAACACAAGAAUCAUAGCAUUAUCAAGGAUGCACGAACUGACAGGAUUGUUAAAAAGCGGGAAGAUUUAUAUUUUAUACAUAAUCACGUCACGAGAUAAAGGAACCCUAUCUGGUUGUGGAGGUAUCGAACAUAUCUCAUGUGUUCGUUUCUCACACAUUCCAUGCAUGAUUGCAUCCUGUAUGUUAGUUGCACUUUGGUGUGAUCACAUAGUUUCAGCCAACAGUAAACAAACCCGAAUAACAAAUGACCUGCCAUGAACAAACGCAACCUACUGAAGCAUUUGAUUGUUCGAUUAAUUGAAAACGUACAUUUUUAGCCUGGCGGUAGGCAUUUUGAACUGCUUGAACCCGAUUCCAUCCCGCUUUCGAUAGAAAACAUUAACACACAAUCUACACGUUUUUCGUCCGUUCAAUGUGUGAAGCUAUAGGUAGAUAAUAGAAACGAUUGCAAAGAAAACGAUCUUCUGAAUGUAGCAUAUUUUUUAUUUAAGUUAGAAGGAAGAAAAUAACUAAACCAUAAAAGCAAAAGCCGAAGUCGUAGAAAGAAGGAGCGGUGGUGAGCGUUUUUGGUGAGCUAAAAUUGAAACGAAACGUUAGUGGGUCCUAGAAAUUCUGUCCGUAAGUGGACGAAAGUGAUUGAUUCCGUUUGUGUGAAACCAUCCAUUCCAUUGCAAUAAAAUCAAGAUUCCUUCCGUUGCAGCGUGUCCGCGGUGAUAGGAAAGCCGCCCGUGAACAUACUAAUAUAGGGCACUAGAGGAAGUAGCAGCAAUUCGUCCAACCGAAUGCUAUUAUAGUCACUUCUAACGGUUCUAGAGAAGGUAACGCACAGGCUGGUAUGAUUGGGUGAGAGUGAGGUGCUCCAUCCGUUGGCAGUUAGCAUUCCGUUUCGAAUUUUGACAAAAGGUUGAAGUUGUGCAUGUGUCACAUGCGGUAACAGCGCGUCCUUUCCGUCGGCAUUAGAUAAGCACUGUUAGUCUCAGGUCACUCAUGUCUGCACCGUAGAAAAAACGAGGUUUGCUUGAAGAAGGAACAGUACUGGGUACUAUGUCACCAAAUGGUAUUGAGCAUGACGGCAUCGAAAAAUGAUAGCUUUGGUAGCUAAGGUACCACUAAUGAAGUGCUUAGCUCAACCAAAAGCAUCGAAACAGUGGAGAGAAUUAGAACCAGUGGUCUGUGCAAAAAAGCCAACAUGCACGUGCUAGUUGCCUAUGUAUAUGGAAAACAUUGCUCUACAUUUUAUUUGCCAGUGGCUGUAGGAAGCUUUCCAGCAAGAAGCGGUCUGAAGCAUGCCCAGAAGCAUAUCGAAAUUAGCAAGUUGAGUUUGAGAGCAACACAGAUAGAGACGAUUGAGAACGAGUAAACCAGUACUGUGAUUCCUUCAAGCACAAUUCGAUUCCUAUACGAUAAGCUAUCAACCACUGAUAGUAGACGGCAAUUACGUCUGUAGUGGAUUUUAGAUCUAGAUAAAAAUGCAAAAUUGAACACCAGUGAAUUUUACUGCUGGAGAAAAUGCUGUGCUGCACAGUAAUAGCAUCAAUAAGCAAACGGAAGAUAGUGUUGGAUAGAUAGAAUCGUAUAAUCGUAGAAACGCAAUAAUGGAUUAUGUCCUGAUCGGCAACUUUUGUCCCUCCUGGCCUGUGUAGCAUGAUGUAGACAAUUGGCAAACAGCAACAACAGUUUAGCAAUGCGGUAAUACAGUUUUUGUAUAGUGCUUUAGUAUCGUUGCUCACUCAGAAUGCAGCGAAAAGCAAAAACGUGACACAACGCGUGUGAUGGGAACGUUUGAAUAAGAUUUCUUUUGCGUUGUGGGCAUAUAAUUUAUGCAAUCUUCCACUUUACACAGCAAUGCAGUUUAUGCUUAAAUGCAACACACAGCAAGACUCAAAUCGGAAAAAAACAGCAAUAUUUGAGCAGAUAGUAAUCGUGCUUUAGGACGCGAUAGUAAACGCGUAUCCUGUCGAAGAAAUGGUCAGAGUAGAAAUGAGUAGAAGCUUUCACGUGAUGGUGAUGAUUUUAACUUGUAACUAGACAGAAGGGAAUUGUGAUUUAGUUGUUUAAGUUAGGAGACAAAUUUUGUGUUAUCGUUUGCUCAAAAUGGCUUGAUUUUUGUGCUUAGGAUGCCACCAUAGCGCAAAAAUAAGGUUCCGUGUAGUAUACAUUUGUUCAAAUUGUUUCAACUAUCAUAACACACAUGUUAUAAAACACUUCGCUCGCCGUAUGAUUGUACGUUCACCGGAUUGUGGCAGGGGCAUCCUGUAUGUAUAAGUUCUUAUUGUUAUUCUGUUACGCUCAAUGUUAGUGAAGAGAAUGUGUUUUGUCACAGCAUAGAUUUGUGUGAUUAUAAGCUUAGGUUUCGUUUUAUUUUCCCUCAUAAGAACAACGAUUUGAGGGACGCUUUAUUUAGUUACUAUAAGGAAGAGACUUGAUUACAUGUAUAUAAAGGACAAGCUGCGCGGUGAAGAAGAGCAGAAAACAGUUUCAUACUAUUUAACAGGCAGAUGCUGCUGCCGCCGAUGCACCGUUUGUGUAUAUUUAUUUUUAAUGCCUGCCUAUGUUAUGUUUUUGCGUGUGCAUACUCUCUUUGCCCUCUUAUACUAACAUAAGAUUUCCACACUCCCCGGCUGUACAUCGUUCGAUUGGUGUAAAGGCUAUUGCUAUGACGAUGUGUAUCCAAUGUUAAAUAAACAAGCGAAAGCCGCCUAUGAUCGUAA